AUGCCAGCACUCCUUUCUCUCGCUUUGCUGGCCUUGCUGGGGUCUGCUUUUGCCACCCCGAACCCCAACCCUCAACAACUCCCAUUGAUCAACGCAGACCUGCUCUAUGGCAAUGCUCCACCAACAAAGCUGCGUGAUGACCUUCUCUCGCUUCACCGGUCUCUGGUAGAGGUCGAAUCCAUUACGUACCAUGAGACUGAAGUCGGCCACCAUCUUGCUCGAUAUCUCAGGCGUCGGGGUUACACUACUCAACUCCAGUACAUCCCCUCCAAAACUGAUUCCCCAGAUGAGAAUCGGUUUAAUGUCCUUGCCUGGCCAGGAGACUCGGCGCGCCCUAAUCCCCGCGUCAUCAUAAGCUCUCAUAUUGACGUGGUUCCUCCUUACAUUCCCUACUACAUUUCCGACGACGAGCCGACGUCCGACACCGUCAUCGGAGGACGUGGCUCCGUAGACGCCAAGGGGAGCAUAGCUGCCCAAAUUAUCGCUUUGCAGAGCCUGCUGGAUGCAGGCGAGGUCCGCGAGGAAGACGUGAUGCUCUUGUUCGUAGUCGGCGAGGAGAGUCCCGGAGACGGCAUGAGGCACUUUUCGAACAGCUCGGAAAGGCACGCUCUCAAUUUCGAGUCCGUCAUCUUUGGCGAGCCCACGGAAAACAAGCUGGCUUGUGGACACAAGGGUGGGCUCUUCUGCUCUAUCGAGGCUAGCGGAAUUUCCGGUCACUCUGGCUAUCCCUGGCUUGGGAAAUCCGCCAAUGAGCUCCUCGUCAAGGCCUUGUAUGAAAUGAUAAAUACCGAUUUAGGAAGCAGCGACAAGUUUGGCAACACUACCGUCAAUAUCGGGCGCAUCGAUGGCGGUGUGGCGGCGAAUGUCAUUCCUGAUCAUGCUAAAGUAGACCUUGCUAUUCGGGUUGCUAUCGGCCCCGAAGAUGAAGGCGGAGAGAUUGUCGUUGACCGCAUUAAAAAGAUUCUGUACGAGUUGGACCCGGAAUCGCUAAAGUUCGCGUACACGCAUGGAUAUGGCGUUGUAGAGUGUGACUGCGCUGUUCCAGGAUUCGAGACGACUGUUGAGAGCUACGGAACAGAUAUACCGAAUCUGAAGGGCGUUUACAAACGCUAUCUCUACGGACCCGGCUCUAUUCUUGUCGCUCACGCACCGAACGAGAGGUUGACAGUUGGUGACCUCGAGACCUCAGUUGAGGGGUAUAAACGUCUAAUUCUGCAUGCGCUGCAAAAUUGA